UGAUUUCAAACGCAUGGUGGCAAUUUCAAGCCUUUCCAGCUCUCAUCUGCAUGUCCCGAAUCUCACAGGCAGUUCUGAGCCACAUCACCCACUUCCUCCCCCCACGCCCCACCACUCUGCUUUCAGCAGUGUCUUUAUUUCCACUUGAGGUCCUCCUGGGGACCAGCAGAUAUGGACAGACUUUUUUUUGCAUGGAUGUGGACUCUCCUUCCCCUGAUCACUUUGGGUGUGGCAGAGACCACAGACCCUUUGACGGAUUUGGAAAAUAUAGCUGGGAAGUUGGUUUUCUAUCAGAUGGAGGGAAACGCCACCUACGUGAGGGACACCGGAGAACUGGCUUCAGGUGUUCCCACUGAGACCAUGUUUGAACUCUUCGAUCCCCAAAAGAAUUUCAGCACAGCAAAGUUCACCUAUACAUGGGACUUAGGGAACGGAGAGGUGAUCCAGGGGACUGAGCCGGUGGCUCGCUAUCACUACUCAGAAUCAGGGAACUACACACUGCGGCUGAAAGUAGGAGCAAAAGUGACCAAAUACGCACCUCUAAUUACUGACGUCUACUCCACGGAUGUCCAAGUGCUCGAUGCCAUUAAACACAUCGAGCUGAAUGGGCCUUCCGAUUAUAAGGUGUCUCAGAACACCAGUUUGGCUUUUCAUGUUGAUGGAAGUCCUCCCAUAUGGGUGUGCUGGCGUUUCCUGCCCAACUGUGUGCCGGACAUGAUUGGCGGCUGCACGCUGACAGUGCUGUAUGAAAACACCCUGCGACUGAACCACACCUUCACCACUAUCGGCGUCCACUGCUUGGACAUCAGUGUCCGCAAUGACGUCAGCAAGCUGCAGACCUCCUUCAGCCUUUAUGUCAGGAGAAACAAUAACGCCCACAUGCUCUUCAUCCUGUCAUGUGCUGCCAUUCUUGUAGCAACCUUCUCUUUCAUCAUGAUCAUCGCCUGCCACCCUCGUCUUUACAACAGAUCACAGAUUGCUACUUCCACCAACGCUGUAUUCCUGAAGAACCAGGACUGUGAAGGUCAAAGCCCGAUUCUUUUUAAAUUCUCCAACGUGAGGACGGGAGAGAAGGAGCCACUCCUCCUGCAGUAUGGGAAUCAAUACUUGAGUUAAUUCUCACAUGCCUCCACCUGCUCUCCGUCUGUGCUCCAGCAUGCAUGGACACAUGUACGUGUGUAGGGUUUGUUGCAGACAAAAAAUGACCAAUUAUGGCGUUACAAUGACAAUUCUCAUCUCUCAUAUCACCAUGUUCUAGAUUUUAAUGAAUCAAGUUGCAUAAGCAGUGUGUGUAUGUACUCAGGACUAUGGUCUAAGCUGUGUUAAUAACUGCUAAAUUCACCAAUGUUCAGUAAGCUGUUAGGUCACUUUCCAUAAAGUAGCGAUCAAUUAAUGAACCACAGAGCUUAGGCUGACAUUAAAAUCAACUCAUAAUAAAUUAAUAGCACAAUUGCAGCUCAUGUUUAAACAAUGAGUGUUAAUCUACGCACGCUGUGAAUGGAUCGAGCUCAUUUAUUUAUGUUUCUUUUUCAUAUGGAUGUAUACAUUUGGGCCUUGCUUUGCUUUGCUUUCCAGAAAAAGAAUUAAACAUGAUUUUCGUGAUAGACGUUUUUCUUGCAGUGCUAAAUAUGAAAGAAUGGAAAUACUGUAUAACCAAUUUUGCAGCUCAGUUGUAAUCUCUGUCAAGUGGAAUCCAGAAACGGCAAGUUUGUAUUCUUGAACAUAUACAGUAUGUGCAUACCAGUGUCCGACUCUCCAAAGAACAUGAAAAGACAAAGCAAAUUGUUUUUUCUCAAGAUUUAAUACUUAUCUUUUGUUUUCCAAAGAUUUCUUUAAAGUAGUUUCACCCACAAAUGUGUUUACAUGCACUUUCUCAAUUUACUUUGUGCAUUGCAUUGUGGGAUGAUAGUAAGCAUUAACAGCAUUGUCACAAGAUAAGAUGCGAUGAAGAUAAAAGGAAUUCAUUUUGGUGUGUUUGGGGCGCUGGGGGGAGGGGGAGUCAACAAAGUCCUUCAUUCUGUGGACAUCUGGAAUGUCUUUUCAAAAUAAUACAGCAAUUGAAAAUUUCAAUUUAGACUAAAGUGGUGGACUGAUGUUGAGCCUCCACUUUACCACAACACAUGUGCUCUCACUGGCCGGCUGUGGCUCAGUGGUAGAGCGGUUGCCUGCCAAUCGGAAGGUUGGUGGUUCGAUCCCUGCCCCUGCACUCAUUGUCGAAGUGUCCUUGGGCAAGACACAGACCCCCGAGUUGCCCCCGGUGCUGCGCAUCGGAGUGUGAAUGUGUGUGAGUGUUUAUCUGAUGAGCUGGUGGCACCUUGUACGGCAGCCCUGGCCACAGUGUGUGAAUGGUGAAUGUUUCCUGUAGAUGUAAAAGUGCUUUGAGCAGUUGUUAAGACUGGAAAACCGCUAUAUAAAUACAGCACAUUUACUGGUGUAAAGAAAUUAUAAUACAUAUUGCACUAUGAAGACUAAAUCAGUUGGAGUACAUGAGAUACUUGCAAGAAAUAAUUUGACACUAAAUAAAAUGUGGCUAAUAGAAUGAGAAAACAUCAGUGUCAGGUAUGGGAAUGAUAACUUUACUAAAUCAGAUUAUUGUAAUGUUUCAAGACAGCUUGUCCUCUGUUAGAGAUGUCACGACAACAUUAUUAAUUGGGAGUCUCCUGAUGAAUGCCAGCUGUCAGAGACGCUGUGGGGAGCUGCAGGUGCUAGGAUAAAUAUCGACCUUGAGCUGAAACACCGCUGUGCUAAAGUCUGCAGACUUCUACAGUUUUUAGAUGAAGAACAUCUACCAAACUUGGCUUUUAACUCUGUACAACCCCAACGCUACACUUUCACAUGUGACACAGCUUCAGUUCAUGU